ACGCCUGCCUUUGGGGAAGUAGCCACAUCUCACUUUUGAGGGAACAGCAAACAGUGCUAAGUGCCCAAACAGUUCUGGAGCGCUGGAGCUGUACUACACCACGAGAAAAGAACAAAUGGCACGUCGGAGACCAGAUUCCAUAGAAAGUUUGGCCCCAUCUGAAAGGGAUUAUGAGAAUGUUGCACCUCCCCAUUUGCUGAGAUGGCAACAGCCAACCCCACAACAAACACAGAAAGCAGAUACAGGUGUGCCCACACCCACCAGAUUUACUGAUCAUACAGACUGCUGUUGUCGGAGAGCGUCUAUCAUCACCCUCUACAUCUUGGUGUUUGUUUCCCUGUUAAUAGCGUCAGCUGCCUUUGUGCUGGCCUUUCUGAAAUUUAUUCCUCAGUGUCCAGGGGACUUUCAGAAGUACCAGACAAAGUGCAUUUACAUCUCCAUUCAUAAACAUACCUGGGCAGAGGCACGGAGGGACUGCAGUAGGCGAAGUGCGCCCCUGGCAACGGCUGAAGCGAUCAAGGAGGUCAAUCUGAACCUUGGAAAUAAUUCUGAAUACUGGGUUGACAUCCCUGAAGGAGAACAGAAUAAAGUGACUGGCAGAACUCGGAAGACAGAAAAUGAAAACUGUACAUUUGUCUCCUGGAAAAACAAUACGAUUGCUCCUUCACAAACUUCUUGCACCCAUCCUUUGCAUUACAUUUGUGAAAAAUAUCAAGCAUAAGAAACAAUAUAUUUCCAUGUUACUUUGUAAGCUUUAUAUUGUCAUUUGUGAAAAAUUACGGCAUGUAGCUGUAAUGUGCUCGUCUAUGUAUGUGCUCUGUUCAUAGUUUCAAUGUACGGCGGACUUUGCACUUCUAUGGCCGGUUGCACAGGAAUAUGUCUCACAUGGCUGUUAUAGUGCUAUGGAAGUAUAUCUCCAGAGCAGAAACAAAACAGCCAAUUUUGAGGUGGGCAAACAGCUGAGAAUGGUCUUUUUAAAAUUCGGUAUAACACUAAAGAGCAGGUGUGUCUGCUUCCGGCGACCAGCUCUUGGCCUUCUUGUGUGUGUUUGUGCAGAGACUUUGCAUCUUGUCUUCCACCACAUCACUGUUGGGGGCAGAAAUGGAUCAUGCUCUGAAAACUGAAAAAAGAAAGAAAAGGAAGUAAACAGGAAAUGGGAAGGGCGAGAGAAAUAUGGCUUUAAAUAGCACAAGCAUGUCACGAGAACAAGGGAACAGCAAACUGAAAAACAGUUCCAAAAGUGGAUUUCAGCCAGAAAAAAAAGGAUGUUAGAAAUGUGCCUCAGUAAUAAGAGGGAAAUGAGAGAAAAUUGCCUCGCUGCUCAACUGGCAAUGUGAACUAAUAUUGAAAAUAUGAAAGAAGAAAGAGGAAAAAGAGGAAAAAUGUUCAGUGCUGGCUUUGAUUCGGUCUUUCCUAAGCUCAGGAUGUGACUGGAUGAUUAUGCAAACGUGUAAAAAUAAGGGAAGGCAAAGAAUGAAAAUGAAAAUACAGAAGAAGAAGCUCAAAUUAUACUUACCUGAUUUCAAGGAAUUGAGCUGAGCCUAAAGUAAUACACUGUUGUGUAUGGAACUUGCUUGAGAAAUGCUGAGUUAAAGAUAGACAAAUCUCAUA